AUGUCACAAUCUACUAUUGAGGCUCAUAUUAUUCUUGCACUUCAGGCCUAUCAGGGAGACCCAAAACUAAGUCUGCGACGAGCUGCAUUUCUCUAUAAUGUCCCCUUCCAGACCCUCCACUACCGAUCUCAGGGUCGUCAGGCUCGCGUCGAUUGUAUUCCUAAUGGUCGGAAACUAUCUGAUCAGGAGGAACAGAUUAUAGUCGAGUAUAUUCUGAAUCUAGAUUCGCGAGGAUUUCCCUCUCGGCAUCGCGACGUUGAAGAAAUGGCGAAUCGACUGCUUACUGAACGCGACGCAUCACCAGUUGGCAAGCGCUGGGCUAUCAAUUUUAUUAAACGGCAACCACAGCUCAAGACGCAUUCUUUUCGUAAAUAUAACUAUCGGAGAGCUUAA